GCACCCAAAUCCCACGCAGUCACGCUGGGUGUUUAUUCCAUAUUUCCAUUCUCCCUUUCUCAUUUACGCGAGUCUCUUCCUUUCUUCGUUCGAUUCCCUUUUUUUUCUUCUUCUUCUUCUUCUCUGUGUCAGCAAUGUCUGGGGAAUCAGCGAGUGCAAUUCAAAAGGGUCAAGUUGAUCUGUUAGACUUCAUAGACUGGUCUGGCGUUGAAUGCCUCAAUCAGAGCUCAACCCAUUCUCUCCCCAAUGCUCUCAAACAGGGGUAUAGAGAAGAUGAUGGUUUGCAUCUGGACAGUGAUGCGGAUGAGCAGCUUCUGCUGUAUAUUCCAUUUACACAAGUAAUUAAACUCCAUUCCAUUCUUGUCAAGGGUCCUGAGGAGGAAGGCCCCAAGACUGUUAAGCUGUUCUCUAACAAGGAGCACAUGGGAUUUAGUAAUGUCAAUGACUAUCCACCAAGCGACAUGGCAGUUUUGACCCCAGACAAUCUUAAGGGGAAACCAGUACUUGUAAAGUAUGUCAAAUUCCAAAAUGUUCGUAGCUUGACAAUAUUUAUUGAGGACAACCAGACUGGUUCCGAGAUUACAAAAGUUCAGAAGAUUAUGCUGUAUGGUUCAACAGUUGAAACAACGGACAUGAAGGGCUUGAAGAAGAUCGAAGAUCAUUGAGGUGCUGGAAAGACUAGAUUCAACUUUGCUCUGUGUCGUCCCGUUGAAAUUUUGGUUGGAAACGUUAUAUCCAGCUCCAUGCAUGAUUAUGAUUUCCAACGCCUAUCUCAUUUCAUGUAAAACUGAAUGGUUGUCAAUUAAUGCGCUAAGAGAUGACAUUUCAGCUGCAUGGAUAUCUAUGGCUUCAAUGUUACAUGUUCCGGACAUAUGUAAAACUAAUUGAGGUUAGAUUAAACGUUGUUGCAUCACCAAUUCUGGAA